AUGACCACGUCACGCAUCUACAUCCUCAAGUACCUUCUCACUAGUGCCAGCAAAACCCACCCCAUAUUUAUUCAAACGAAGCCCCCGAGGCAUUUCGCAAGUGGAGCGGGCGAGCCUGUUAAAACCAGGGACAAGCGAGUAAACAAACACCUGGACAGCAUCACGGUCUAUCCAGCAUAUACUACGGCUGACGAAACAGAGACCGACGUGAAAGACACUGCCAAUUUGAGGAAUCUGGCCCAGAGAUGCGUCAGUCAGUUCAUCUUGAUAGCGAAACAAGAUGGGGUUGAGAAUGGCAUUGUUGACAGCCACUGGGCUGCUCGCCAAUCUGCCGAGUUCAAUGUGUGGUGCACCAAUAUUGGGGUGAAUGGCGAGGGUAUCCGAUCGAUUGAUUUACGCCUUAAAGAUGUUCCAGAUAUCUGUAGCCUUCUAAGACACCUGCUGGAGUCGUUGGAUUAUGAUCUGAAAGAGUUACUGCAGCCCACUGAAGCGCUAGCGCAAUCAAAUAAGAACGACCAAAAUUUACAAGACGAUGACUCUGAUGACACCUUCUGUUAUGUUUCUUCGUCGAACUCUGAUGAAUCAGACGAAGACCUGGGAAAUGGCAUUACUUUAUCGCCGCGGACAAAACAGCGCAGGGCUCUCCAAAAACAUAUUAGCGACACGAUCGAUCGGCUCCAUAGUCAUGCACAGCAAAUUCAGAGCGCAGCGGUCAGACAUUGGCGGGAAAGAGUCGAGCUUUAUCGAGAGAAAGAUGGUCCCAAGGAGGUCUAUGAAGGGUUCAAGAGGCUUGCUAGCUGGCGGGCGAAUGAGAAUUUCAAAUCCGCGUCCACCACGAUGAAACUAAGGAUCGCAGAGUCGGUGGCACGACGUCGGAUUCGAUUUGAGUACCUAAGAGAGCACCAGAGAAAGAGAGCUGUUAACUUGAAUUCUCAAACGGCGAACAUGCUAGGAGAGCUGCAGGUUAACCCUCUUGGUAACACAGUCGCCUCACCAGAGAAGCAGCAACACACACAUCAAGCCACAAAAUCCAAAGUCCCAGUUCAGCAGGGGACUAUCUAUAGUGCAACCGUGAAUACAAGAUUGGAUAUGAAGCCCGAGCAAAAACAGUCAGAACGAGUGGAGAGCGUGGCAUCAGUUGCUUUGCGACAUCCCGGAUUUCCUCCAGCUCCAAAGGUCCUGUAUGGCAAGUUUCAAUGCCCAUAUUGCUUCCUGGAGUUCCCCGCUCGUGAGGCCUUAAAAGAUCGUUGGAGCCAACACGUUAUGCACAACUUCGAGCCUUACUUUUGCAUUUUGGACGAAUGCGAAGCACCGUUUGAUGUACCAACUACGUUUGAUGGAUUAAUGGGUCAUUUACAAGACCAUCAUCCUAAACGUUAUCACGUCAUGAUCUCUGAUCUUGAAGAAAGAGAAUUUGAUGAGGCAGAAUUCGAAAGCUUUGUGAAGAUGAAUGGUGAGGCAUCUGAGGCAGAUCUUGCUUUUUUGAAGAAGGCUAGUCAAAGGAGAGGCGUGUUUCUGUUUCAAAGUUGUCCUUUCUGCGGAGGCUAUCCAGAUGUACUGGAGAAGCGCUUCCCUGACCCGAUAGCGGAAAAAGCUCAAACGGAACUACGGAAGCAUAUUAAACAGCACAUGCAGGACAUCGCACUGUUCCUUCCACCAUACCGGGAUGAUAUUUCUGACGAUGAAGAUCUGGAGAGCUGCGUGAUGGGCAGUCGACGACUCAGAAGCGACCGCACACUCUUGGAGGACUCAGAUGAUUGGAAAAGUAUUUGCGACCGAUCGAGUUGUGACUGCAAACAAGGCGGCGGAGGGUCGGGCUUUGAGGAUUUCUUCGAUGCUGAUAUCCAGCAAACCACCCCUGAAAACGAAGAUUUCUGGCCCCAGAUUUUGGCCGAUGCUUCCCGUUAUGACCGCUCGGCAGUGACAGACGAUUAG